AAUGUGUCCGACUGUGCCGGAGGGCUGGCUGAAAAAGCCAGAUCGCCGGGAUGUCCGUUGCUUCUUCGUUAUCUAAAGUAUUUAGGAGUUCGGACCUGCCCCCGAACUAUCUAUGCUUUUGACACCUUUGUUUCGGCCGUCACACCACACUGUAGGAUCUUUAUUGGGAUUUAUUUGCGAUUAUUCUUCACGAUUAGGACCCCUGGAGGGAUUAUUUGGAGUUCAAGCUACAUUCAAAGAUCUUCACGAUGACUUUGGGGAAAGGGAAGGAGACGGAUGGUUCCGGAGCUGCCGUGCAGGGUGCGGAUAAAAAGGAACGGCCCUCUGAUGCCAAGUUUGCCUCAGAGGAGAUCAAGGAUAAGAAGAAGGGAGUUGAAUUUGAGGCCGAUGGGGAACUACAUCUUCGGGGAGGGGCUGGACGGGCUAGUACUCGAUAUACAAGUACAACAAUACGAAAGGGUCCAAGGACUAGGGCCAGUACAGGGUCAUCCCAGAGUCGCCAAAGUUAUGUGAGCUAUGGCGGUAGAAGCAAGUCUGACAGUUAUGCAAGUUAUGGGAGUGGGCAGGAGAAAAAAUACCGGAAGUCCUAUACUGCAAAGCCAAGCACAAUAUGCCUCGAGAUGGAUAUCCCAUGCAAUUUAUUUAGGGGUCUGGUCCCGGACAUCACGGGCACCAGCGAAGAAGUCGAGAAAAUCGUGGAAACGAUUGGCAUUGGGGAAAUGGUCGUGAUCAAGGACAACGCAGACCAGACCGAGGGCAUAGGACCGAUGAGAUCGGAGGUGGGGGGUUUGGACAACCUAGACCAGGUCGAACGCACAGGAGUGUUCGAUUCAGAAGUGGAGGGUAUGGGAGUGAUAGCGACAGCUCGUGCAGUCGGGAAAAGGGAUGUUGUGCCAUGA